AUGGCCACCAGUGCAGAUGUCAUCCCUGAUGACAAUGAGAGCAGCAAGAAUGCCACACUGGAGAGAUGCCUCAACAUGCUGAGAGAUGCAAGAAAUGACAGUGAACAGUUUGCUGCUCUUCUUCUGGUAACCAAAGCGGCAAAAGCUGGAGACGUAGACUCCAAAACCCGUCGGAGGAUCUUCGACGCGGUUGGUUUCACGUUCCCCAAUCGGCUUCUGUCUUCCAAGGAUCCCCCCGAGGGCUGCCCUGGGCACACGUUCCAAGCCCUUGGCCUUACCCUGCUGGCCUGUUUUUGCACCGAUCCUGAUUUAGCCGAGCAUCCUCAGGUCCUUAACAAGAUCCCGACUUUCAACAGCGUGAUUUCCGCUGGUGAUUCAGGCGACACCUAUUGCGGUUCCAUGAUUGAUGACGCUUACCAGUGCCUCGGCGCUAUUCUGGCCACUCCCAAGGGACCCAGAGAGCUGGUCAACAGGGGCGCUCUGGUAGCACUGUGUCAGGCCUACGUGAGCCACAGCUACAGUUAUGACCAGGCCCUUCAUCUGCUGGUGGGACUUCUGACAGCGGCAGAAGUGAAGUGCUGGCAGAGAGCCCCUUCUGCCCUUACGGGUGUACUUGAAACUGUCAGUGCAGACUUCCAGAAGGCUGAAGACAUGACUAAAUUCCAGCUGUGCGAAGCCCUGCGCCAUUUCGUCCCUCCCCUUCUCCCACCCGGCUCCGGGUGCCUGCAGUCCCUCUACCGAGGCUUGUCAAGCAUCCUCUCCAGCAAGCUGAGUGCCUCCCAGAGGGAUCCAGCCUUGAAGCUGGCGGCCUGCCUGACGCAAGCCUGCGGCUCGGAAUGGAUCCCCGCGGGGAGGUCCGGCAGCAAGUUCUUUGCCUUGCUGGCCAACCUGGCAUGCGUGGAGGUCCGUCUGUCUCUGGAAGAGCCCGACUUGGCGGCGGUCGAUAAGAAGCGGGAGCUGGUGGCAGCUUGCUACGUCCUGAUGGAGCAUGCGAUUCUGGAGUGCACGAGAGAGGAGGGGUCUCUGCUGCAGGAGGUGCAAAAGGUGCAGCUAGUGGGGAUCCUGGAGGAAGCCUUUGCGGCUGUUGUUUACUACCUGAGGCAGGCAGGGUGGGAGAGGCUGACGGAUCCUUUCGUCUUUGCCUCCGUUCGAAUCCUGGGAGCCUGGCUGGCAGAAGAGACUUCUUCCCUGAAGCCGGAGAUCUGUGACCUCCUCCCUUUUCUCCUGCGUUACGCCAAGCUGCACUUCGAGGCGGAGAGGAAAGACAGAAGCAGCUUGCAGAAUCCUGGAUGCGGUGAUGGCCGGGAACCUGUCUGGCAAGGGGAUGCUCUGAGAUUUCUACUGCCUGGCUUAAGCCAUUUGACAGCAGAGGAUCAGCCCCGUGCAAUCCUCAUUUCAGAGGGAGUGCCAGUUCUCCUGUGCCGCUACUUCUCGCACCAGUGGGAGUUGUUCGUUUCGGACUCAGAAGCCCCGUUUGCGUUGGACGCUGUGGAAUCCACUCUGCAAACAGUUUGUGCGAUCUUUCUGAAUUUUGUUGUGGCUGUUCCAGAGUUAAUCAGUCGCGAAGCUUGUUUCACAGCCUUGAUGGACGCGUUGCUGAAGUCUCUUCCAUCUUUGCGGCCGCAGGGCGAACACCUUGGCCUCGUGGCUGGCAUGGUGACACUGGGGCUCAUGAUGGCCAGGAAGCGGUCUGCUCACCCAGGUCUCCAGAGGACUCCAGAAGCUGAGGGAUUCUUCGCCGCCGCCAUCACAUUCCUGGCAGGAGCGCACAUGGCCCAGCCUGACCCCGUCGGCGACAGCGUGGUCUUGCAACAUGCGCCGGUUUACAAAACAGCGUGGCCAGCCGUCAGUGAACUGUGGCUUCUGGGGAUACAGGCCUUCGCCAGCUGUGUGCCCCUUUUCCCGUGGCUGCCGGAGGUCGUCCUCCAGUCGGUUUGGCUACAGGACCUUUUGGAGUUGCUGGGCUGUGUGUCCCCGACGUCUGUGGACUCGGAGCUGGUCACUGCUUUCCAAGGAGUCUUGGUGGAGCUGGCCAGAACCAGCCGCCCAUGCCGAGAGGUGAUUCGGCAACACCGAGGCGCUGAACUGGCUAAUCUGUAUGGUAUGGCAGCUUUAGAGCAAUGUCUAAGUUAACAGUGAGCGUAUU